AUGUUGCUGGGUCUGCACCUCUCGAACAUCCCGUCCCUGAACGACAAAUGGUAUCACUCUUAUAUCGACAAGAUCAACCUCGCUUGUAUCGGAUUACUCGGCCCGGACUACUUGCUUGCCAUUGCACUCGGCCAGCUUUCCAGCGCGCGGCGGAGCGUGAAGUUACCUAGGUUUCUUACCAAUAACCCAGCACCACUCCAGUCUCGCCAUCCCAAGACAACAGAAUGGACUCUGGUCCACGGCUUCUACGCAGAUAUGGGAGGCAACGGCCACGUUGAAUUCCCAACAUUGAAAAAGUUCGAUAUCAAGGCCCAGAACGAGGCGGACAAUCUAUCCAAAUCAGUCACCCUCAACUUGAAGCAGAUGAUGCUCAUCACUCUUUGGAAGGUGCUCUGGUUUACUGUGUCGGAGUUGCAACGCGUCGCGCAAGGCCUGUCAAUGACGACGCUCGAGUUGACUGCCCUGACCUUCUCCAUCACCAUGUCCAUCACCUCGCUCUGCUGGUUUGCCAAACCAACGAUUUCCGUUCCUACGAUGCUCCACACCAAGGGCGGGAGGAGCAUCGAAGAAAUCCGGAACAUGGCUAACCCAUCCCGCGCUUCCCUCUCGACCUGGUAUCGGACUCCGCUCGACUUUGUCUCCCCAAACCGGCGCUUUCAGCCCGACAAUUUACCGGUCCUACUACCUGGAGAUUUCGUUCAGAAUCAAGCUCCCCCUGUUCUCACGCGCCAUCAAGGCAACCCAAGGGACCGGUUCCCCUCCGACGCAAUUCUCGUCCCCGACCGUGUUUUUCUCGUGCCAGCACUCAUUUCAACCGUGUACCACGCCAUGAGCACGGGCGUGUACGGUGUCUGCUCCUCCUGGCCCCUGCACGAAAACUGGAAGGACGAGGAUCCUUCUCGGCAGCCCACCGAGCAUUCUCAUCGGCAACAGCACAGAGGGGGUACUCCUGCGCGAAGGCCAGAAGUGGAACAACAAACCGGUUUAAGCAAGACUUUCUACGAUGUUAAGGCGGACUCGGCCUCUUCGCGGGGACAAAUCCAUGGCAGGGUUAAGGGGCUACUCCGGGCCUUUGCCGCCUGGGUGAAGAGAAAGCGAGUCAUCUUACCGGACGGGGACCCGGACACGGGGCUGGGGCUCCACGUGAUCGUCCUGCCCCUCAUAGGAACCGACUUUGUCUCAAUACGGGAGCAGCCUGUCGGCGUCUACAUAGCCGUGAACAGGUUCGUACCUUUCUUGGGUAGUUGA